ACCCAAAAGUACAACACAAAAAUAGCUGAGCAAAGAGAUUUAGAGAGAAAAUGUAUGUGACAAGGCCUCUUUCGAUGUACCAGAAGAACCCUUCCAUGCUCUCUUUGUCACCUCCAGAGGGUCCGAAUUCCGGUAUUUUGGUUAUACAAGAUGAAGAAUCAGAGCCUACAAUUUGCUUUGGAUUGUUUAAAGGUCAUGAGCUCAAAGACCUCCCUUUCCCUCAGAACAAGAAUCUGAAGCUGCGGUAUUCCACAAGCACAGGAGAGAGCACACACGUUUCAUAUUUCUACACAGCCUUCAUUCCAGUCGUUAACCAGCCUCUGGCAUCCAAUUGCUAUUAUGCAAUUUCAUCGCGCGGAAAUCAUAUGGGACAAGCAUACACCAGUUCGACAGAGGAGGAUUUGGGAACCUGCUGCUUCUGCACCUAUGUCCGAGAUUUACCACCACAACCCUUAAAUCCUAGUAACAUACGACAGCAAUUUCAGAUCCAACGCAAGGGGAGAUUUAACCAAUGUGGUGGUUUUGUUGCCAAAGCCAUAGCUUCGGAUGAGUUUCCUCCAAAGUUUCUUGGAAGAAAAGGGUGGGAGAUAUAUACCUCAACUCCACGUGACUUCCAUUUAGAUGAAGCACCAGGUCUAGACUCUGCACUACGUGCCCGCCUACCGGAUUUCAACUUUGAAGUAUCGAAUACAAGCUCAAAGCCUGUAGUUGUGGGGAAGUGGUACUGUCCCUUCAUGUUUGUUAAGGAAGGAUCACUAACACUGAAAGAUCAAAUGAGCUGCACAAGGUAUUAUGAGAUGACACUCGAGCAAAGAUGGGAGCAAAUAUUUGCAUGUGACAGUGAUGCAAGUGAGGAAAAUAAUGCUGUGGUUGUCGAUGUUUCUGUUGAAAAUGAAUUUGUUACCAUUGCUGGAAAUAAUGUGGAAGCAGUGAAUGAGGAGAAGGAUGUGGCUAAUGGGGUAAUGUGGUAUAGGGUUUUUAACAAAGUUGGAGGAGAGAGCACUGUAGGGGUGAGCUUAGCGGUUUUAGAGAGGGUGAAGUGGGAGCAACAAAGGUUUGGAUGGAAUGGAGGGAAUGACAGGAAAGUGAGUGUGAAGAAAGUAGAGGAGUUUGGGGGUAUGGGAAGGUGGAAGAAAUUUGAUUGCUAUGUGUUGGGGGAGAGGUUUGUGUUGAAAAGAAUGGAUGGAAGAUUGGUACUAAGUUAUGGUUUCAGACACACUAAUCACAUUAGGAGCAAAUGGGUGUGAAACAAAAUCCAUUUUGUACUGUAACUGAAAUUCAGCAAUGCUUAUGUAAAUAUAUAGCAUAUACAUAUACUGUAGUUCAAAUUCAUGUAUUGAAGUAUUUCCCUUGUCAG